UAGUCUCUUAAUUCUUCUCUCUGGAGUAAAAGAUGAAGACUUGGUGAGUUUCUUCGAUUUGUUUAUCUGAUUCGACGAUGUUGCCUGUUUGCUCAGCCACCCCGAUUUGUUCAUCUCAUACUCAGAUGUACUGCCAUGCAGGAUUGCACCCCUUCACCCCAACCUGGAAGGCUGUUAAGCUCAGAUGCAUUAUGGAAGAUAGGGUUGCUUUGGUCACAUCUCAUAGGAUUCAUCCUCAAGAAGUUUUCCUCAAACCACAAUUUACAAAGUUUCUUUACUCUCACGUAAUUGAAAGGCCUGAACAAUCAGUCUCCACAGACCUAAUGGAUAUUCCUCCUUGCUCAAAUGUACUAGAUGACAUUGAGGCAGGGUUCUCAAACAAAUGGUCUUCUCCAACUGGAGCAAUUAGUAAACCCUAUAAUUUAGGAAGCACUGCUAUGAGUUAUGUGGAAAGUUCAAGUGUACCUACCCAAAAAGAUGAAAUUUUGAACCUUCCUGAUGCAGUUGCUAAAAAUGCCAAUAUAUUAUCAGGAUCUUCUACGUCUGAUUCCAUGACUCCUGUUGAUGCUGCAGCUAUUAAUUAUCCAAAAAACCCACUUUCUGAUGGUUCAGAGAUGGCUGGUGAUGCAUUAUUCAUGCUGAAGACAAAUAUUGAGGAUAUCUUAUCUGGAUUUAAUGAGUCCAUUGAUGCAUCAGUUGACAAGGGAGAACAUGCUGUGAAAAGUUCAGUAGAUACAAUCACCUCAUCGCUAAUAUACAGUAUUCAGACUGCAACUGAAGCAAUUGAAAGUGCUGUUAACAAUGUGCUUUUUUUUGUUGAUCGGACGGGAGAAUCAGCUGGUAAUAGAUUGACAGGAUUCUCAGAUGAUUUGAAGCGCACUACGAUUGAGGUUGGCAUUGUUGCUAUUGAUGUCCUGAGAAGGGCAAUUGUCACUGCAGAGGAUUAUUUAGCUGGUGGUGCCGCCUCUGUUGUUUACUCAUAUGGAUCUGUGAAGGAGCUACUUCCUCCGGAGGUCAGGGAUGUGUUAAAUUUAUCUGAAGAUAAAGCUACAAAAAUAUUGAGGCCUGUUGGAACUGCUUUCGAGCAGGUUUACAUAGUCAUUGAGGCCUUGGAGAAAAAUCUUGGUUUGGACCCUAACGACCCGAUUGUUCCAUUUGCUCUUUUCCUUGGCGCUUUGACCACUUUAGGGGUAUCUUAUUGGGGUUUGACAUAUGGCGGUUAUGCUGGAGAUUUGUUUCCUAAAUCAGCUUUGGAGCUCUUGACAGGGGAAAAUAAUGUUGUACUUAUUGAUGUCCGGCCUGAGAAUUUUAGGGAGAGAGAUGGUGUUCCUGACCUUAGGCGAGGAGCUCGGUAUAGAUAUGCAAGUAUUUCUCUGCCUCAGAUUGAUGGCUCUGUAAAGAAGUUAAUAAAGAGUGGAAGAGACCUUGAUGAUGCCAUAAUUGCUGCUGUUAUUCGCAACUUGAAGAUUGUGCAAGAUAGGUCGAAGGUCAUACUUAUGGAUGUUGAUGGUACUCGCUCCAAAGGCAUUGCAAGGUCCUUGAGGAAACUUGGGGUUAAGAAACCAUAUCGAGUUCAAGGGGGUUUUCUUUCUUGGGCAAAAGAUGGUCUACGUAUUAAAGAGCUGCAACCUGAGACGACUCUUAGCAUACUGAAUGAGGAAGCCGAGGCAAUUCUUGAGGAUAUCAAGCCUACACCAGUACAAGUUAUUGGGUAUGGUGUGGGCUUAAUUGCAGGCCUUUAUGCUUUAUACGAGUGGGAGAAGACACUGCAAUUUAUUGGUGUUGUUGGCCUAGGGCAGACUAUUUAUCGGCGUGUUGCUUCUUACGAGGACCCUGAAGAUUUUAAGCAAGAUGUGAGACUGUUGCUACAUCGUACACAUGGAAACGGAAUAAAAUCACGUUGCGACGAACCAUCAGAUCCAGAAGAAGCAGAGACCCAGUUCGAUGCCAAAGUGAAGAUUCUUCGGUCGGACAAUGGCAAAGAAUACAUGGAUGGUGCUUUUCGAUCCUACUUAGAUACCCAUGGGAUCAUUCAUCAGACAUCUUGUGUGGAUACUCGUGCUCAGAAUGGAGUAGCUGAACACAAGAACUGA